AUGGCGUCUCCAAUGCUCGGCGGCUCGCCGGCCCAUUCAGAGAGCUUCUCUAGUCUCAAUUCCCCUCCCUCAUCCUCUCCAGUGCGAAGGAAACCUCUCCCGCAAAAUGUCGAUCUGAUUCCGGGACCUAUUCACCCCUCCUCUCCCCUUUCGAUUGAGGGAGAUAAACCCACCCCCAUUCCCACGGCACCUGUGGAUAGACCACCAUCCCCUUCAUCGGCGGAUGGAGACUCAUUGAUUCAAGUACAAAAGAACCCGAAUAGAUAUUCCCGAGGACGGCACUCUGCGCCUCUACACAUCGAUACCUCUACCUCUCGUCAGGGCUCCGCCGCAUACUUGAGAUCCGUACUCGAAGACGACGACGACGAUUCAGACGAGGCCAUCGAUUACUUUGACGAAGAAUACGAACACCAGUUCACGAAUGGAACCCCUCUGCACAGCCGUCUAGACAGCGAACCAUUCAUCCCGGUCCUCAACUCCCCUCCUCCGUCUAAAAGGUCGUCGAGGCGGGCGACGAGCAUGGCAUUGCAUCCACCAUUGAAUCGGCCACCACCAUUACAUAUUGACGUGGAUCAUCGGUCAGUUUCAAUGUCGAUGGUUGCGGGAGAUCCAAGACAGCCUAAGACCCCUGGAAAGAAGAUCAGUUCGUUCUUUGGCUGGAAGGCGGCAAACAAUAAUCCUAAUGUGGCUACUUCACCUGGAGGAGAAUCCUCUAGCACCGAGAUCUCCGACUCGGGGCGAUCAGUAAUGCCAACUCCUAUGCCCCCAUUGGCGAACGUCCCAUUCAGAUCUCCUUCCUAUGAUACCAAGACCAAUGGCUUUGGGGGGUCUAGGCGGACACCCUCCACUGGGUCCUCCAGUUUAAAGGAGAAUAUAUAUGCAUCCAAGAUGGCAGAUAUUGAGAAUGAACUACGGGAAAUAAGCGCCGAGCUGGCGGGGUCUAUCCGCCGAGAGAUGGACCUAGAGGAUCUAGUUGAAAGAUUACAAUCAGAAGGCCCAGAUGCCAAUCGUCGGACCAGCGACUAUUUCUCAGAUUCAGGUACUAGCUCUGUCCGCUACGCUUCAGAUGCCGGGAAAAAUGAAGACAUUGAGAAACUUCGCCGGGCUGGAGAGCAAGAGCGCGCCCAGCUGAAGGUCGAACUAUCUCAGAAGUUACAAGAAGAGCGCUCUAAAAGGGUAGCUUCUGAAUCCCAUGUCCAAAUAUUGGAAUCCCAAGUGCAACAGCUUCGUCGCGAACGAACUGAUUUAUCUGAUCUUUCUUCCAAAACCAAAGAACUCGAGACAGCCUUGGAAAAUACCAAGCGCAAGUUGCUCGAGGAGCGGCAGUCCAAAGAUAACUUUGAGGAUUUACUAACUGCAAUGCGAGUAGAACUCGAGCAGCUGCGUAACGACCGAGAUCAACUGCGCGAUGGCAGCCGCUUGGCAGAAGAAAUCGAGGCCCUCAAAAUUGAGAACGCCUCUUUGGCCCAACUUCAAGGAGGCCGGUUCGCUUCGAUUGCCGAGGAAGGUGGCUCGCCCCGAAACUCAGCAUUUGGACUCUCGAGAUCGAACUCUCUCGCACGCAAGCCGAGCAGCCUGGCGCGCUCUGGUUCCCUGUCGAGAUCGAACUCAGUCUCUAAUAAUAAUAAGGGUGGAAAUUCACCCGAAACGCGCGAGUCAUUGGUCGACAAAGUUAAUGACGUCGAAAUGCAGCGUGAUGCUCUCCAGCAGACCCUGCGGAGCUUGCUUGAACGUCAAGCAUACCAGGCUCGCGAUUUUGAGAAGCGCACCCGCAUGCUGGAAAUGGAGCUGGCUCUUGCGCAACAAUCCGAGCAACCGCGAAAGCUGGGCUACAAAAGAGAUGUAUGCAUCCUUCGCGAUGAGGUGAAUGUUCUCCGCAUGCGCGCUGAAGAUGCCCUCGAUGGCAAGUGGCAGAGCGAGAAGAACUUGGCUGGUCUUAAGAUGGACCUGGACCGAGCGGAGCAAGAAACCAGUUCUCUGCGCGUUCUUUUACAAGAGGACACUGCCGCAGCAGAGCUAGCCGCUGGCCAAGAAGGCUUCUCCAGUGAAACGGCAACUUCGACUUCCCUGCAAUCCGCAUUCCAGCAAUUGCAGGCAGACAGGGCCAAUGCUGAGGCCAAUGCCGAAGCAUCGGAUGAGCUUUCUGCGUCUCUAGAGCGAACAGAGACUCUCGGCACUAAGGUUAACUACCAGCUGCGCACUAAUGCCACUGUCCAUGCUCGCUUAGAAGAGGCUAUCAAUAAGGGUGAUCAGGACCAGCAGAUCUCAGUGGAUCGAAUCAACACCCUACAAAGCCACAUGAAGGAGCUGGAAGACCUCCUUGUGACCGCCCAGCAGUAUUCCGAAGAGGAAAUGGGCAAGCACGAGGAUGAGAUUCGCCUUCUGAAGGAGAGCCAGAAUGCUCAACUCACCCGUAUGAAGAACGGUGGCCGUGCACUUGUCAGCCUCUCACCCCGCCCACCUACCGCACCAUUCGAUACCCGCUCCCCGCGUCUGGACCACACCACCAGCGGAGAGGGUAUCCCCUUGGCCGAAGUUGUCCAGGCUGAGCUGCUUGAAAAGCGAGUCAAGGCCCUCGAGAAGCUCCUCCGCGAUGCGGAUAUGGAGAUGGAGCAAGUUCUCGGACGAAUGAACCGCACGCAGCUUGACGUUGCUCAGCUCCAGACUGACAGAGACGACGCUCUUCGCCAGACCAGCGAACUCCAGUCUGAGAUUCAAGCCGAGCGUGAUACCCUCAAGGGUAUGCUCAACGCUUUAUAA